AUGCGGGAAUUACUCGUCUUCAUUUUUCUACUCCUGCUAGGCGGACACGGCACAAAAGCAGAUGAUGUAAUCUACGGCCAGCAGCAGGGAUACAACUAUGGCACUGUGCUGGUGUCAACGAUAGAUGGACAUCUGCGCGCGUUGGAUACAUUGACAGGAAGGGAAAAAUGGGCGUUAAAGGAAGGGCCUGUCCUACGUGCGCCCAGCUCUAUUCGCCAAGGCUUCACAUUUUUGCCAAACCCGAUGGAUGGCAGUCUUUACUCGUUGAAGGAAGGGACAUUGAAAAAGAUGCCUUUUAAUAUACCACAACUCGUCCAUUUGUCUCCAUCGAAAGAUAGUCAAGGAGUACUUUACGCAGGCAACAAGCAGGACGUUUGGUUCGGCUUGGACCCGGAGACUGGCAUCAAGGUCGAGACUCUGUCAUCAAUGACUUCCGAACGGAUUUGUCCGGCUAAUAAGGCACGAGCGAUUUUCAUCGGCCGUAGUGAGUACCGGUUGAGCAUGUUCGAUACAAACGACCGAAAUCGACACUGGAACGCGACGUUUACGGACUAUUCGGCACAUUUAUUGCCAACGGAUGCCGCCUAUCCAUUUCAACAUUUCGCUUCGUCGAGCACUGGGCAUAUUUUGACGGUAGACGCGGACGGACAGAUCGUAUGGGAGAAGGAUUUGGGACAGCCGAUCGUGGCAAUGUAUCUUCUACAGCACGACGGUCUGCACAAGCUGCGCUACACGGUCAUCGGGCGCGAGUCGAUGGAGCGUCUGAUCAAGGUAUUAAAAAAUAGCGACGUCAUAGAACCAUUUAUUCCGGCGCUAAUUGCACGGGGGUUGGUGGUGAUGACAAGAGACAAUGCCCGUAUCGUGGUGUAUAUG